AUGGGUACUAGGUCAAAAGAUAGAAUUAAAGCAAUGAUUGCAACAGAUAUUUUAAAUAUUUAUAAUCAUUCCAAUCAAGUUAAGAAAUCUAUUAAUGAUAAUUUACAAGAUACUCUGGAUUAUUUCCAUAGUUUAAUUGCUCAAAUACGACAAUCAACUUCUGGACCUUUAAUUACAAAGACACCAAAGGUUUUGAAAAAAAAAGUCAUUCAACGUAUUGAGACUAUUCCUGAAAAUGACAUUAUCAAUACUGAUGAUGCAACAGUAAAUUCUUUUGUUAUACAUGAUAAAACAGAAAAUAAAGAUAUACAAAAUGAAAAUGAGUGUAGCACAAUUGGUCGAACUAAAAGGGCAGCUUCAAGAAAAGCUGCAAAUAACAUUAAAAAACUACAAUCAAUGUCACUUUCAAGUAAAUUACGAAGACCAUCGAACUCAAGUGAAGACGUUAAUACAAAUAAAAAACGUGGAAGCCGAACUAAAAGAAAGAUGUCUCCUAAAAGUAGCUCAGAUGAAGACACUACACAAGGUCAUAGAAAACAUAGUAAAAUAGAAGAAAGAGUUUUUAAUGAAACUAUAUCAAAGAAAGCAACAGAUAUAAAUAAACAACAAUCAGAAAAUUAUUCUUCUAUAAUAGAAGAUACAAUACAACAAGAAAAGAUUGAAUCAUCAAAAUCUUCAAUGACAACAAGGAAUAGUAGAAAAAGAACUUUUUCACAGAGUGAGAACGCGAAGAGUAAAAAGUCUAAUAUUAUUGAUGACACUGUUAUUGCACCAAUAGGAAAUGAUAUUGAAGAACCUUCAAUGUAUGAGGAUGCAAUUGGAAAACCUACUCCUAUUAUGAAUUCCACAAUGAAUUUCAAUUCUACUUUUACCAUGCAAAAAAUAAUGAAUGCUACUGUAGUUUUAGAACCUUUGCCAGCAAUGGCACUAAAUGAAACUGUAACAAUUAACAAAAAUUCAACUAAUAGUAUAAGAAAAAGUAAUGGAGAGAAAACAUUUGAAGUAAAGACUGAAGUUAAAUCUUCCAAAGGAUCCAAGUAUACAUCACAUUCCUCAGUGACCCUGCAGGACAGGAUGCAACAGCUAAAAGAAGCCAUGGCAAAUAAAGAGUUUGAUGAAUUAUUUACAGAGGAUGAAUCAUCACCUGAAGUGAAAAAACCCAAAGCAAACAUUAAAAAAUCAGAAAUUAGGAAACAACAAAAGCAGGUAAUCAAGUCUGCAUCAUCGAGUGAGGAUGUAAUACUUAACACCUCAGCAAAACCAACUUUAAAGGAAAUGAAUACAGUCACAGGAUUCCAGGAAGGAAAAAGCAUGUAUAAGACGAAUGCUUUAUUCAGUCCGUAUGCCAAGGAAUCAGUAAAAAAACGAGUUGAGGCAUUUGAGCAGGCAGGCAUGAAUAGUCCAAAGAUUACUGUUGACAUUGAUGUACCUAUUCGAAUAACAAGGACAAAAACACGUGCUAGAGCUGCUGCACAACAAGAAAUUCCAGAAAAUACAGUCAUUGCAGAAAAGACAGUUGCUCAUAAAUUAGCACGGAAAUCACUUGCAAAAGCCAAGAAAAUUUCAUUAGCAAAGCAAAAUAAGAAUGUUGAUGAACAUAAAGAGAAUAAAUUGCAUUCCACACAAAAAGCUAAUAAAGUAAUUCCUAUUGAGAAGGUAAACUGCAAGCAGCAACAAAAGACAACUCCAUUAGGCAAGACAAGAACUCAAUUACCAAUGUCUGUUAAUCGUAUUCCACACACUCCAUCAAAUCAAAUUAAUGUAAAUCAUAAUAAGGCUUCAAGUACAACACGUACAAAUAUUAUUACAUCAGUGGAAUCUUUAAUCCAAGCUCCAAAAUCUGUCACUAAGCGUAAUUCCCUAGACAAAACAGAUGAUAAAAGAAGAAAAUUGAACGAUGAGGAUGCAAAAAAGAAACGAGAAGAAACAUUAAGGCUUAUGACGGAAGAAAAAAGGAGGAAAAGGCAAGAAAAAGAAUUAAGAAAUAAAUUAGCCAGAGAAGCAAAAGAAAAACUGGAUAUGGAAAAACGACAAAAAGCUGAGAAAGAAAGAGAAGAAAAAGCACGUUUAGCACAACAAAUGCAAGAGAAACAACGCGAAGAAAUGGAAAAGAAACGUUUAGCUCAGUUACAACGAGCUCAGGAAAAAGAAGAAAAAAGAAAACAAGAAGAACAACAGCGUUUGCAGCGUUUACAAGAACAAGAAGAAGCAGAGCGUAUAUUGGCUGAACAAAGACGUCGGGAACAGGAAGCUGAAAGGCGAAAAGAACUCGAAGUGAGAGCUCAACAUCAAGCGGCAGCUGAAGCGAUGAAAGCUAAACACAAUAUGCUUAUGACCCAAGCAAAAUAUGAAUCGAAGCAACAUGGUCCAACGACUUAUAUUUUGGAUAGUGAACCUGAUGAUGAUGAAUCGGACGAUGAAUCCAGUCCAAAACAUGUGAUCCCAUACUGGGCACAAUCUCACGUGCGUAAAGCUCAACUUGCAAUACAACGAUACAUUCCAGAGAGAGCAGUUUAUAAAUUUUUCGACACCAGAAAGUGUACACCAGACUUAACUCAGUUGUUCCAAGGUAUAGAUAGGAGUAGAUUGAAGCGUACGUCCAGUGCAAUCUGGAAAACACCCCCACGUUAUUCCAUGAUGGAAAUCGAAUAAAAGGUAUAGUUUGUUAAAUUAAAUGUUGUUGCUU